CCCGGUAUCCGCCCAUAUUCGCGUAAAGGAGGCCAACCUGAACAGCUAGGCCGGACGCUGGAUCAAAUGGAAAGUUCAAUCGAUUAAUUUGCCCACUUUUUCGCAGGUUCCCGCUUGCUUCUGAGACGAGGUAGACUGACUUACAUGCGGGUGUUUUGGUGUAAAAUAGGAAAUGCAGAGAUCGUGUGAAAACAGAGGAUUAUCAGCUUGACUUAUUUGGUCGCUACUUCGGACGCGGAACUCCUCACUCGCUAAAAGGUGAAUCAUGACAGAAUAUAAGCUUGUAGUGGUGGGAGCUGGUGGCGUUGGCAAGAGCGCUCUUACUAUUCAACUCAUCCAGAAUCAUUUUGUGGAUGAAUAUGACCCCACCAUUGAGGAUUCGUACAGAAAGCAGGUCGUGAUUGACGGGGAGACGUGUCUGCUGGACAUCCUGGACACUGCAGGUCAGGAGGAGUACAGUGCCAUGAGGGAUCAGUACAUGAGGACAGGAGAGGGCUUCCUCUGUGUCUUUGCCAUCAACAACACCAAGUCCUUCGAGGACAUCCAUCAUUAUAGAGAACAGAUAAAGAGAGUGAAGGACUCUGAGGAUGUCCCCAUGGUGCUGGUGGGGAACAAGUGUGACCUCCCGUCCCGGACAGUGGACACCAAGCAGGCUCAGGACUUAGCACGCAGCUAUGGCAUUCCCUUUAUCGAGACCUCAGCCAAAACCAGACAGGGCGUUGACGAUGCCUUUUACACAUUAGUGCGAGAAAUCCGGAAGCAUAAGGAGAAGAUGAGCAAGGAGGGCAAAAAGAAGAAAAAGAAGUCCAAGACAAAGUGCACACUUAUGUGAAUAAUGACCCCUUUUCAAGACAGACUAAAAAAAAACAACCUAUGUUGAACAGUUAAAGUAAUACAUUUUGUACAUUACACUAAAUUAUUAGCCUCUUUCUCAAUACCCACCAUGCUGAAUACUAAACCUGACCCCACUUUUCUGCCUUUAUGUUGUUUGCUACGCGGACACCAAUAAGCUUUAUUUUCAGUUCAGUGCCAGUUGCCCACACGUGUUGGUCCAACAGCCAUGAUGAUGUUUGAUUGGAUAUUUUUUUAUAACCACAGAAGCUGUGAGCUAAUUGGAUCACAGCUCAUGUUUGACAAAUUAUUCGUGAACAAUUUAAGUUUUUGCUGUUUUACCCCCAUUUGCUUAAAAAGUCUUGGCAUGCAAAAGUCCUGUCAUGCUCUUUAAGUCUGGGAUGCCAAAGAAUGAUUUUCCAUCGUGAUUCAAAUCUGAAAAAGGACCAGCACUCAGCCAGAUGAGAUCCAAAUGUCCCAGCCACUGUGUAAUGUCCCUGUCUCCAAUGGCCUCUAGGUAUGACUUAGUUUAUCACUGAUAUAAGUAUGCAUGCAAACUCCUACUCUUCUCCCAGUGUGUUAACACCCUUAUUAGCUCAGAUUAAUUUGUCCAUGCUUUGUACUGUGUGGGGAGUGAUUUCUUACCUACAUGAGAUGUUUGUGUUUUUUUCUUUUUGCAUGCAUUGUGUUCUAAAUGACAUCGGGGUUUUUGCAAAAACUGCCUCUGGUGGAGCCAGAAAUGAGCAACUUUGACCCAAGCUGAUAUCACACCAUUUUUUUUAAGUCUAUAGGAAGAAAUCAGUACUUGCUUUUGGUGGAAAGAAUAGCCGCUUUUGCUUAAUUGAUUACAAAUUAAGGACAGAAAGGUCAGAUGAUUUUUUAACAACCCAUUGGGACUAGCUGUUGGCCAGAGUCUUAAUGUAGCAGGGAUUCAUGCCAAGUCAAACUAGAGUCCAACCACGUUUUUGACCUCUCUGGUCAUGUUUUCUUCUUGUCUUUACUGUAAGGCACAAAUUCAGUUGUUUUAAUUCAUCCUGGCAAAAUCUUUUUAUUGUCUUUUGUUACAUAAAAUGUCUUGUCAAAAUCCUCCUGAUCGAGGCGAUCAAAUUUGAACUUUAUGAAGCCUUUAAUUAGCUUAUUAUCAAUGUUUAUCAGGUUUAAAUUUGUGAUUCUUGAGUAGCUAGCCUCAGAUGUCAUGCCUUGUCCAGUUAUGAAGCUGUUGACUGUUUCUGUGCGACAGGUUAGAAAGCUGAGAGUAUCUUGAAGCAGCUCUCAGGAGUCUUUUCUCUUUGUGUCACAGAGGUUGUUCAAAAUGUCGUCCAAAUGGAGUUUCAGAUUCUUCCUUUAGUGACGCUUUUAAAAAAAGUUUUUAGAUUAACUUCUUUAAGUGCUGGAAUAGUUUGGAGGGCUGCCUUUCAACAGAGAUGAUUGUCCAGCCAAAAUAAUUUGUCAUUUACUCUCAGAAAGCUUGUUUAUGGAGGUGAUGUAACUGGAACUGAUGUGUGUAAAUGAGGCAAUAACUGCCAUCAAAUUGGUUUUUAGAGAAAAUUGUCUCAAUUUGUAAUAAAAAAAAGUGUUCUUUUUUUCUUCCCGGGUUAAACAACACUUAACAUUUUCCAUCAUAUUGCGAGCUGUUCCCCUGGGAUUUUUUUAUUUGCCUUUUAUGUUUGCAUUAGGUGCUACUUUUAGAAGGUAGAAAGCCCCCAGACAACUUCUACUAUGUCCUGUUUGUGCUCGCACAAAACACUGUCAUAGGGGAGCAAUGUUGUUGACACAGAAUAUCCAGAUAUUAUACGUCAUUCUUCCAGGAUUAAUGAAUUUUGAUCUGGUUUAUUAUUACCUCUUUUUUCUCAUGAAGUAGAUAAUAACUGUCAAUGCGAUUUGAAUUAAGGAUCCCUCUUUGUUAACAAUACUGUCUCUGAGUAGUUUAACUGAAAUGUUUGAAAUGUUCCUCUUCCUUUAUUGCGUGCCAACAGCGGAUUUCUGAAUUGUAUCAUUUAUACCUGGAUCAUAUUUUAACAACCUUUGUAUAGUUGUGAUACUGAAAGGUGCAUAUUUUGUAAAUUGUGCUUCAUUUCGUUGGUGUGUCUAAAUGAAUGUUGCUUUAAUGGAGGUUCACUCCGCUCUGUGUAUGUGACUAGAGAGUGUGUGUCUGGGUCCAGGUCUAGGGAAGUGAAUGAAUGACCACUUCACAGCACACCUGUUGUGGGCAGUGCAGAGUGGUGAUCUGAUCUCAAAUGAGUCUAUUUUUUGCCAUGAAUCUCACCACUCCUAUUUAAUGUGUAAUAAAGAACAAAGAAAAGAG